AUGCCGAGAAGCAGGGACAGUGAUUCUGAGGGCUACAUGUCUCCUCCGCCUUUUGAAGAUGAAGACGAAGACUCACAAGUAGCAGAGUUUUACCGAGGCAGGAGCAUUUUUAUCACUGGAGUCACUGGUUUCCUUGGCAAGGUUCUUCUUGAAAAACUCCUGCGAGCGUGUCGGAGUGUUAAAACGAUCUACGUUCUACUUCGAGCCAAAGAAGGGCUGGACCCUAAGCAACGGCUUGAUCAACUACUAACAUGUCAGGUUUUUUCCAAAAUAAAGCGGGAAAUGCCAACAUUGCUGACGAAAGUUGUGCCUAUAGUAGGAGAUAUUUCCCUGCCAAACCUUGGAAUCAAGGAAUCAGACGCAAAUAUUUUGAUAAAACAUGUAUCUGUAGUCUUCCAUUCAGCUGCAACUGUCAGAUUUGAUGAACCGAUGAAAAAAUCGGUAAAUUUGAAUUUACUUGGUACACAAAGAGUUCUACAGCUAGCACAGAAAAUGGACAAACUAUCGGCUUUCGUUCAUGUAUCGACAGCGUACAGUUAUUGCAAUCGUUCUGAUAUCGAUGAAGUCGUAUAUCCAGAAAAAAUUGCUCCUCAAAAAGUCAUCGAACUUGCACAAUGGAUGGAUGACGAUCUGUUAGAAAGUAUUACUCCAAAACUUAUGGACAAUCGGCCAACAACGUACCACUACAGCAAAGCUUUGGCGGAGACUCUUCUCGUAUCAGAAGGUGGUAAUUUACCCAUAGCUAUCGUCAGACCCUCUAUUGUGACAGCUGCCUUUCGAGAACCAUUUCCGGUAUGUACCAGCGAAAUGGGAAGAUUGGGCGCCAGGAACAUUGGGCGCCAGGAACAUUCGGUGUUGGGAACAUUGGACACCGAGCAUAUUUAG